GCUCGAGGGGGGAUAGAAAAGAGCUUCCAACUCAAAACACUCCAUCGUCAGAGAAAAAAGCGCUCCAUUCUCUUUAAACACCAAUACAAAAAUCAUACCAUCGAGGAGUGAGGGAGUUUGACUGAAAUCUUAUUGAAGUCUUAGAGGCAUUCAAAUAGGGCAUAAGAAUUCCGGAUAUAUUAUCAUAGCUCGCUAGACGAGAAUCACGAGUUCAUCACGUCUCGCAUCUGACAGCAUUAGAGCGAAGAACAUGUAUUCGCCAUGUUGUGUCCCAUAUUGUCGCUCGCGGGCAGCGCAAGCCAAGAAUUUCCACCCUUUCCCGAAGAACGCCGAGCGCAAGCGGCAAUGGUUACACAUCAUCUCGGAGGGGGCUGGCGAGGUUGAGUUCACUAAGAAGUCGCGAGUUUGCUGGAAACACUUCACUGACAGUGACUACAAGGAAGUGAGGGACUCGCGGGGAAGACUCGUGCAAGACAGAGUGCUAAGGGAUGACGCCUGCCCAAGGGUCUUUUCUUCGAGUAGGAAGAAGAGAGAGCGAGAUACAGUAAGGAGUCAAGCGAGCGGAAAAAUGGAGGACAACAAGGGAAGCCAGCCCAAACGCAAGCGCCCAAAUGAGAAACGAAAAAAUGCGAACAAAGAAAAAUUAGUGAUCAACGUGGAAGAUGAACAUAAACCGAGCGGAGACGAGGGAAACUCUUCUCCAGCAGAAACUAACGCUUCUCAGGAGACUCUAACAACCGAAAACGAAACUAGAGAGGAAGUUGACGAGAAAAUUAAAGAGAAAGCAACCACUGGAGGAGGCGCGGAGAGCACUCUUGCGGCUAAACAACCACCUUUCCAACCAACCACCGAAAAUAAAGAGGAAGUUGACGACGUAGGUGGUGAGAAAGGUAAAACAAGCGAGCCAGAAUUAGCUAAAGAGGCUGAGAGCGGGGUAAACAACACCGAGACACCUACACCACACCAUCUUGUUGCUUUGGCCCAGAAAGCUGAGCCGCAGAUCGGAACCCCGUCGUUUCAAAGCAUAGUAGAAUUGGGUGAGGAUGAGUGGACAGAAAGGCUUGUUGUGUAGAAAGUGAUUAUUUGUAAAGAUGCCAAUUUGCGGCCGAUGUUGUUGUGUUGUUCAUUUUGUACACCUGCCAAAAGAAAACAUUAAAAGGCGUCUUACUCCCAUUCGAAAAAAAAAUUUUCACGCAAACGAAGAAACUGAGGAACCAUCAGCCGUAGUCACUCAAGUAAUGAUUCUGUGGUCACACAAGUAAUGAUUCUGUGGUCACGCAAGUAAUGAUUCUGUGGUAACGCAAUAGAGUCUGUUGUCACGCAAGAAAUGAGUCUGUAGUCGCGCAAGUAAUAAGUCUGUGGUCACGCAAGUAAUGAACAUGUGGUCACACAUGGGUUUGUGGUAACAAAAGUGAAGGGUCUGUGGUCACACAAGUAAUGGAUCUUUGGUCAAGCAUAUAGGGAACCUUUAAUAACUCAAGUAAUAGGUCUGUGGUCACGCAAGUAAUAGGUCUGUCAUCACGCAAGAAAUAGUUCUGUGGUCACGGAAGUGGUCAAGAAAGUGAUUGGUCAGUGGUCACGCAAAUAGUCAAACUGUAGUCACUGCACAACUGGUGAGCUUGAAAUCACGCAAGUAAUGGUCUGUGGUAAUGCAAGAAAUAAGUCUGUGAUAACGCAAGUAAAGGCCCUAAGGGCACACAAGCAGUAACAAGGCAAAAUCAAUUGAAAUCAGUUUUCUAUUGGACAUUACAUGACAGAUUGAUCACACAAUUAGUUUACAAUGUGAUACUAAAGUAAGUGCUAACUGCUGAAUAGAGCAUUUGUUAGAGAUAGAAUUUAAAGAAAACAUUUCAUUAUCAUAUAUUAUAACUAUGUCAAUUCUGAUUGGCUAAAAGUGCACACUUUAUUUUGAAAAUCUUACAAUCUUAGGGUCUUAACCAAUCAGCCGUAGCUGAUUAAUAAAACCAUAACUGAAAUCGUUUUUUGUGAUAUCAGGAAUAUAGUACUUACUUCUUCUUGUUAUUGAUUUCCUGGUGUCUUCUCUUGGCCAGUUGUUUGUGUCUUUCAGUAAGUUUUGGCUCUUCUACUGCUGGAGUCAGAUCAAUGACUUCACACUCAUCUGAAGAGGACUCAACCCGUGUCUUUUUGGAGGGCGACCCAGCAUUUUCAUCCACACAAUUAGAAUGAUGAGACACAUCUCUCUGCCAAGAAAAAAAUUGCCAACAAUAGUUACCUAAGAAUAAAUUACUGUAUUUGGAAUGUAUCCAAUGUCAGAUAAAAAAAAAUAAGAUAACAAUAUAGCAAGAUAACAAUGCAAUCUUCAUGCAAUCAUACUUGCUACAGGGUGAGGUGAGGUAACUACCCUUGUUAGGUGAUACCUUACCCUCACCCUGUAACAACCCUUCUUAGACAACACCUUACCCUCACCCUGUAACCACCCUUCUUAGAUAGCACCUUACCUUUACCUUGUAACCACUCCACCCUUACUAGACAACACCUUACCCUUACCCUGUAACAACCAUUCUAAGACAACACCUUACCUUCACCUUGUAACCACACCACCCUUACUAGACAACACCUUACCCUCACCCUGUAACAAACCUUCUUAGGCAACACCUUACCUCACCCUGUAACCACCCAUCUUAGAUGACACAUAGCACUUGCUGAAUUGCCACUUACCUUCUUGGAGAAUGACUCUUUCUUAGCAAACAUUGGCAUUCCAUCCAGAUGAUUGGUGACAAUCAGUGAGAUGACAGUCAGGGUUUUUCCUAGUCCCAUGUCAUCUGCAAGGAUACCACCCUUGAUGCCAUAUGGGUAGACAUCUGUUGAUAGCUUUGUCCCCUUGUUGUACCAACAACGGCUGGAGGUCUUCUCCCAAAAUGGUGCCAGAUCUGUACUUCUUUCCCUUGUUAUCAUCCAGUUAAGUGCUUGCUUUUGAUGCAGAAACAUCUUAGUUAAAAUAACCUAUAAGAAAUAGAAUUGACAUCAAAUACAGCACAUCUUACAAAGUUUUAAAAUAUUUGUUUUUCACAAAAAGCAAAAAAUAAUAGAUGAUUACAUGGAGGAGUUGACCUCCUUAAGUUGACACUUUGCCCUUACCAUAGGGUAGCAAGUAAAGAGGGAUAAGUGCAUUGCUUACCGAUGCUGGUUCAUGAAUACCAUCCUUGUCAUAUUCUUGGAGACUUUCAAACAUCUUGUCGAGUUCCCCAAUUGGCUAAGAAUGUUAAGCAGAUGAUGAUUAAAUGCUAUUAACAUGCAGCAGAAGGCUGCAUUGGAUUCAUUAUACAGCCAACAAGGCACUUUCUUAAGGCGCUCUUCUACAUCUCUUUGUCUUACCAAAGUUGAAAAGUUACACCUGAACUAAGCAGCAUAGAAGAAGGCCUUGAGGUUUCAGCCGCUCUUCCACAUGAAUGAACAGGCCAAAUCUCUUUUGGCUAGAAAACUUGUAAAGAUUAAAAUAUAAUCCUCUUUCAAUAAAGACUAUUUUAUUGUA